AUGGAAAUUCAAAAGGUGCAAGAAAAUCAGUGUGAUAUGAAAACAGACCUGAAUUUACUGCUCGAAUGCCUUAAAUAUCAGAUGGACUGUCCUCUGUCUCAGAAAGAGGCUCUGAUCACUAUUUAUUCCAUUUGUCAACAGAACAGUGAAGCAAGUGAAUAUUUUCGAGAAAUUGGUGGUUUGAUGUUUAUAAAUGACCUUGCAAAGUCCAGUGCUCAUUGCAUAGUGAAGGAAGCAGCAUUGUUCACGCUGGGGGUUAUUAUAGAGAGCAAUGUGUAUUGCCAGCAGACUUUGUGUACUUCUGCAUUGUUUGAAGACCUCAUUUUAUUUUUAAUUGACAAGGACUCUAGUGUGAACUUGAAGAGAAUGUCUGUUUAUGUCAUCUUGGUACUGGUUUCAAAUAAUAAAAGUGGGCAAACCCAUGUCAGAGAGACAGGCUGCAUCACCGUGCUGCUGCAGUUAUUCAGAACAACUCUUUCCAUGUCCAAGAUGAACCUGUCAGAUGAGAACACUGAUCAGUGUUAUCAGCUGUGGUCCUCAGUCUGCAGCACUCUCUGUGCCUGCGUUAACAACCCCCAGAAUGAAGAUAACCAAAACAUUUGCUGUUCGGUUUUCCCAUAUGCCAAGGAGUGGCUGGAGAGCUGCACAGAGCCUGAGAUAGUUCGUCCCAUUUGCUCCUUUGUUGGUCUCACAGUUGCAAAUAACUUAUAUGUGCAGAAAUAUUUUGUUUCUGUUGGAGGAUUGGAUACGUUAGCCAAAGUUCUCUUGGAGCUUAUGCAUCAUUCCUGUGUGAGUCCUUUGAGCAGAAAGCUUGCAGCAGUAGUCACAAAGACACUGGAUGCCUGCAUUGCUAAUAACUCCUCCGUGGGUGUAGUCUUGGCAAAGUACCACACGGUGUCAGAGCUGCUGAAGCUGCUGUCUGAUGAGACCCUGAAUACAGGAGAAAAAAUCAGCAUUAUCCUAACAAUUGGACACUGUACUGAAGUUUGUG